AUGCGUGCAUUCUGCCAGCUCUACCGGAUUCUUGUGAGUGGGACUUCAAAGGGCCGAGCGUUGCGACACAGAUUGAGUCGGCGGGGGAGGCGUGGGCGCAGGGCGCGGGCGAGGGCGCGGGCGGGGCCGGCGGCCCACCUGCGGGGCGCGCGCGUCGCGAGCGCCCGGUGCUGCGCCGUGUGGGCGGCGGAGCGCGAGGCCGCGGGGCCGUCCAGCGUCAGAGUCACCGUUGACAGAACGGCCUCCGACGCCCCGGGCGACUCGGCGCGCGCCGCCGCCGCUGCGAUGCGCUGCGCCACGUUGCUGGCCGCGGGACCGGCCGGCGACAGCACGGCCUUCGUGGUGGUCGCCAGCGGCCACUUGCGCCCCAAGCUGCCGCUCUGGGAGGUGGUCUCCGCUUUCGCCGACUGCCGGACACAGUGGUCUCUCCAGCUUGAUGAUUCAUACACUAAAAUCAAAGCAAUAAUUUGA